ACAUAACAUUAAGAGUCAUGUCGUAAAAUUGUAUUUCGUUUCGACAGAUUGUAAAAUUGAUUCUGAAAAAUGGUGUCAUGGCCGCUAUGCAGACGACUUCAUGACAGAACGUGAAGCUUGAAUCUGGUUUUCUGACUAAAGCAUUGGUAAUGCUGCGUUUCUGUCAAUGGAUGUUUUUUUGAGCCAAGAGAAGUAACUCCGGUAUGACAGCUUUCAUUUCAUCAGAUACCAGUGUGGACAGAACUAGCAUUAAGUUUUUACAUUACCAUGAAGUUGAUAGUGCGGUUGGUCAUUCUUUGCAUCAUCAGUUUUAUCCUGUUUGUGUCCUAUAAAAUUCUGGAGCCAAACAUUGUUGACAGAAACGCAAGAUCAAAACUUGCUGAGGGAGACCAGAGUCAUUGGAACAAGGGAGACGACUCUGUCACCCUAAAAGAGAAACUGUCAGGAAACACAUUACGAGAUGCUGUGAUAGCUGAAAUCACAGCCAAAUAUUUACUGAACUAUUUCUAUCCAUUAAAACAGUCACCUUGGAAAGUUGCGGAAAGUAUUGCCACAGAUCGACAACUCCACCCCACCAACUGUAACGAACUGGGUUCAAUCCUCCAUGCAAUGACCAAAACAAGAAUACAGACAGCAGAUGUCAACAGGGGCGGGACCCAGCUCAAAAUGACCUUCACCAUGGACGAUGGCCAAAGACUUAUCUUCAAACCUAAAUGGUAUUCCAGGGAGAAGAUCCUCAGCAAUGGUCCAUACGAAGGCGCGGACAGACACAAUGGCGAGUUAGCAGCCUUCCACAUAGGACGAUUAUUGGAGUUAAACCGAACUCCUUUAGUGAUUGGCCGAAGGAUCAACCUUAGAACGGAAAUCUUGCCACAUGCCACUAGCAGACUCAAGAAAACUUUUUUCACCAAAGGGAACAACACCUGUUUUUAUGGAAUGUGUUACUACUGUAAGGAUGAGUCGACAGGUGUGUGUGGGGAUGGCGACGUGCUGGAGGGAGUCGUCAUACUUUGGCUACCGCCGACUUACCAACUGUCCAAUCACAACCAUCCCUGGAGGCGGACCUACAGAAGCUACAAGGCCAAGUGGGAGACAGAUAACCAGUACUGUGACACAGUGAGGAAUGUUGACCUGUACCGCAGUGGUCCCAGGCUGCUGGACCUGAUAGACAUAACAGUACUGGACUAUCUCACGGGGAACGCUGAUCGCCAUCACUACGAGACAAACGGCAUGCAGGCAGACAGCCCGGUCGUCAUACUGGACAAUGGCAAGAGUUUUGGUAACCCUUACAAAGACGAGGAGUCAAUAAUGGCCCCACUCUACCAAUGCUGCAGAAUAAGAUACAGGACAUGGCAGAGGUUACUGGUCCUACAGGACGGGGUCCUGUCAGAGGUGUUACAGGAAGUCCUAAACCAGGACCCCAUCAGUCCCGUACUGUCAGAAGAUCAUUAUGUGGCUCUGGACCGGCGCCUCCUAGGCAUCCUGGCCCAGAUACAGACGUGUAUAGACCGUGAAGGACUCGAUACAGUACUGGUCAAAGAUGACCAUAUCGGCUAAUACAAGUUACCAUAGUGAUACAGUACUGGUCAAAGAUGACCAUAUCAGCUGAUAUAGGUUAUAGUAGCUGUAGUGAUACAGUACUGGUCAAAGAUGACCAGAUCAGCUGAUACAUGUUACCAUAGAGAUACAGUACUGGUGAACAAUGACCAGAUCAGCUGAUACAUGUUAUCUAAGUUAUACAAUACUGGUCAAAGGUGACCAGGGCCUGCAUUUAUGAAACCAUUAUCAUGCUCAAGCCCAAUUUUUUUGUUCCAAAGAUAAAUCAAUAUAAAUACAAAAUCACACGUUGUCACUGAUUUAGAAUAUUUUUUAACAGACUUAAUUAAAGCUGAAAUACUGUAUUCAAUGUCUAGACUUGAUUUGUUCGACUAUGUCAAACAUUUUAAACAAAUUAUAAGAAAGUUCAUUUGGACACAAGAUCCAUGCUUGAACAAUAGAAUGGUUUCAUGAAUAUAAGCCCAGGCUAGCCAAUUCAACUUACAGUAAACAAGCAUCAGUUACAUUUUCACAAUACAUAGAUUGAUGUGAUGGAAAUUUUGCAAUUAAGGUAGCCUUAAUUAAUUCAAAACAAAAUUGAUGUGUUUUUGAUACAAUGGGUUUUUAUCUUGGGUUUGUGUAAUUCAUGGUAACGACCCUUCAUUUCCAAACAGAAUUUCAUCCAAAGUUAUCAAAAUACAUUAGAUGAGUUUGUAUGUCAGGGUCCUAAGGUUAAUGCCAAGUCAACCACAGGGCCAAGGGGCAUUUAUCUUACAGACAUUUUCUAAGUUUAUUUUAACAUUUUUCUUCUUGUUUAACCAUGAGUUGAACACCAAUUACCAUACAUAUAUUACAAUUAUCUGAAUUGCUAUGUACAAAGUGCCUUAUUUGAUAUGUAGAUACAAAUGUUCCACAUAGUGAAGCUUGUGAGGGCUACAUAAACGUAGCUGUAAAUUCCAUUAGAUCUCUGGAAGGCUCACACCAAUUUUAGAGCUGUACAAAAUAGGUUUUGAAAACUUGUACUAAGGAGUCAUUUCUAUAUUUUAAUGAAAAUUACCGUAUUUGUCCGGCGAUAAUCCCAUGCCUAGUAAUAAGCCCAUCCAUAUCUAUUACAGUUCAGUAUGAUAUGUUUCAUUGUCCUGUAAUAAGCCCACCCCCUACUUUGAUUUGGAGAUCAUGUGUUGGCCCCCUGGUCUCAUUGCCUGAAUACAGUAUUGAACAUUUUGAUUAGCCCCAACAUAAACCUGCUACCUUGGCAUCAGGAUUUUAUCUGUUGGGUCUACAUCUCAACCCAU